AUGCUAUUAACUGGUACUCUUGAAGUCACAACAACAGUGCAGAUACCUUCCGCUGCUACGUCAGUGUCUCGGCUGAUUGAAGAAUUGAAGCUGCAAUCAGCGGAAGAAGCACAUGCGUUUAUUGGUGUUACCACAUGCAAAGAAGUUGUUCAAAAAACGGUGACAAUUCGUCUUCCUGCGGAAGAUGAAGCGGAACUUCAACAAGAAAUAGUAAGUCAUCCUCAAAAUACCAAAUGGAAGGAUCUUAAGGAGAGCGUAACUCUUACGUGCACGACUAAGAAAGACAUAGAACACGCUUCAUGGUUUAAGAAUGGAAUGAAAGUCGAAACAAGCGAAUUUAUUUCUAUUGUAACUGAGAGAAAUGAAACCAAAAUCUCAUUAAAGCAGUUCAAUCCUUACUAUAUUGGAGUUUACCAUGUAGUCGUUGAUAAUAUUGGAAGCCAGCCAGCGCGAGUUUCCGCAAAUGUCGCGCCGAUCAUAGAAAGCAAACUGCCAUCAAAGAUUGUCCAUAAGAUUGGAAGGCCGCUGGAUCUGCAAUUAACAUAUGCUGCCUAUCCCGCUCCUCAUGUGAAACUACAUCACGAAAAUAGUGCCAUCACUCUUCUAGCAGAUAUUGACCAAUAUGAGGAUUCACUGUCAAUCAGAAUCAAAGAUCUAAGGAAAGAAGACGAUGGACUUGUGAGCAUUUUGCUUUCAAACGAACAUGGAAAGACCGAAACUUCCUUUGUUUUGCAACUUGUUGACACCCCGUUAGCCCCGCAAGAUGCUCAUAUCGUUGAGCUUACACCCACAACUGUAACAAUGGAAUGGAGCAGCCCGGACAUUGAUGAAAGUGACAUCAUUCACUAUAUUGUAGAAAGAAGAAUGGCGGAAAGCAGAAGGUGGCGAAAAAUGACAAAAACUGCAAAAAAAGUGUACAAGUGCACUGAUCUCGUACCAAACGAAUUCUACGCCUUUAGAAUACUAGCGGUCAACUCAUAUGGAGAAGGACUGCCUAGUAAUGUUUUAGAAGCUGAUAUGCCUCCCGAGACUGAAGAGGACAUCUUACCCGCCGCAAUAACUACAGAGGAUGAAGUAGAAGAGAAA